GCUUUAAUUUAAUCGAAUUUUAUCUAUUAAUUCAAGCGUGUUAAUUGAUAUAAAUGGAUUCGUGGUUGGAUAAUUGUGUGGAAAUUCAAUUAUUAUUUAGGAUUAAUUUAAUCGACUUUUUUGUAUUAAUCUAAGCGUGUUAAUUGAUAGAAAUGGAUUCAUGGUUGGGUAAUUGUGUGGAAAUUGAAUUGUUAUUUAGGGUUCAAUUUAAUUAUUAUUUUUUUCUAUUUACUGUUGAACGAGUUUUAUUUUUUUGUCCAUUUAUGGCUUUUGGAUACCAAUUAGAGGUUGCGUGUGUUGAUUGUGUUUGAAGUUUUUUUGCGGCGGCUAUAUUGGUUUUGCAUUCAAAUGUUACUUAAUGAGGGUUUUUUUUGUGUGUGCAUAUAUUUUAAAGGUUACUUAAUAAGGUUUUGCUUCUUCAAGUCGGCAAAGUUUGUAUGAAUUAGUCAUUGUGCCAUAAAUUGAGAAUUUGCUUGGAAAUUGGGAAACUUCAACCUUAAACAAGAUACCUUUAGAUCCAUUGAUCCAUUUAUAGUGUCUGGAAUUGAAUUUUGAGUUAAAUUUGAUAGUUGGGAGGAUUUUGAUUUUAGAUUGGUUUUGUGCUGAAUUUUGUUAGGGAGAUAAGUGGGGUUUAGGAAUUGGGAUUUUGUUGUUAUUGUUGUUGUUUUGGUGUUUUUCAGAGAAUUGAGUUGAUGGGGGGUCAAAGUUCUAAAGAGGAAAAUUUGAGGCAAGAUUCAUCUUUGCGUUCAAGUUCAUCCGCUUCUUCUUGGAAUUCAUAUCCUGACCCUCAUUUGGGUUAUGGUCAGGGUGGUUAUCCUUACACCUAUGAGUCACAACAACCUUCUUAUCCGACACAUCCGUAUUAUGACGCACAGCCUCCUCCUCCUCCACAAAACUAUGGCUAUGAGCCUCAAACUAGUGGUAGAGUGCCCCGCCAUGACGACAGAAGAAAGUUAGAGAGGAAAUACUCAAGGAUCGCUGAUAAUUACAACUCCAUAGAUGAGGUGACUGAGGCUCUUGCACGUGCAGGCCUUGAGUCUUCCAAUCUUAUUCUUGGAAUUGAUUUCACCAAGAGCAAUGAGUGGACAGGAAAGCGCUCAUUUAAUCGACAAAGCUUGCAUCACAUUGGCAAUGGUCCAAAUCCCUAUGAACAAGCAAUAUCCAUUAUUGGGAAAACCUUGGCUGCAUUUGACGAGGAUAACUUGAUUCCUUGUUUUGGAUUUGGGGAUGCAUCAACACAUGAUCAAGAUGUCUUCAGUUUCUUUCCAGACGAAAGAUUUUGCAACGGAUUUGAAGAAGUUUUGAGUCGGUAUCGGGAAAUUGUUCCAAGUGUUCGACUUGCAGGCCCUACAUCCUUUGCACCCAUUGUUGAAAUGGCCAUGACAAUUGUUGAGCAGAGUGGAGGCCAAUACCAUGUUUUGGUGAUAAUUGCAGAUGGCCAGGUAACAAGAAGUAUUGACACUGAACAUGGGAGGCUCAGUCCACAGGAGCAGAAGACUGUGGAUGCCAUUGUUGAGGCCAGUAAAUUUCCUCUUUCAAUCAUACUGGUUGGUGUUGGAGAUGGACCUUGGGACAUGAUGAAGGAGUUUGAUGACAAUAUGCCAGCUAGAGCCUUUGAUAAUUUUCAGUUUGUGAAUUUCACGGAAAUUAUGUCAAAGAAUAUUCCUUCUUCACGGAAAGAGGCAGCAUUUGCUCUCGCAGCAUUGAUGGAAAUUCCUUCUCAGUAUAAGGCCGCAAUAGAGCUUGAUCUACUGGGUAGUCGGAAAGCCAAUGCUCCUCAGAGAGUUGCCCUCCCAACACCCUCUUAUGGUUCAACAUCUUUUGGCACUUCAAAACCUUCUCCUGCUGCAAGUUUUGAGCGGAGUGUGCCUUCUUACCCCGACAACAGCAAACUAAGCUCAGCUCCUUCUGCCCCAAGUUCUACUUAUGAGAAUCAGCUUUGCCCUAUAUGUUUGAGCGAUCCUAAAGACAUGGCCUUCGGAUGUGGGCAUCAGACAUGUUGUGGUUGUGGACAAGAUCUUCAGACGUGUCCCAUCUGUAGGAGCCCCAUUAACACCCGAAUAAAGCUUUACUGAGCAGCAUCUUUUGUUGGGGGAUGUUUAUGUUGUAUUCUUUGAAUUUUUUAUGUGGAUGUAUACAAUAUUAGAUCAAAUAUUUGUUUCUGCUGUGAAAAGUGGUACUUUCUGUAUGUAAGUAUUCCUUGAUUUUUUUUUUCCAUUCAUUUUUGUUUCUGACAACAAUGAUUUGACAACUUAGCCUAGGGUGGUACUUGUACAGUUUUAGUUUAAGUGAGUGAUUUGGGUUUGAUUUGUAAUUUGUAUUUAUCGUGGCUAAUGGCGAAUACAAUAAGAUUUCCAGAUUCAGACCAAAAGAAUAAAUAAUGAAGUCAUUUAAGAAAA